AUGUCUGGAGACAACAGCACGCUAACAUGGAGGAGCAUGUCCCCCACCUCCAGCCAAUCAGCGAGCUCCAUUUGGUCCCCCAGCCAAUCAAGGAGCUCCAUCCGGUCCCCUAGCCAAUCAGAACUCAGCGUCUCCACAGCCAAGAUCAUCAAAGUGUGUUUCCUUAGCAACAGUCCAAACCUUGGCAAGAACUUCAAACUGGUGAAAUGUGAAGAAGGCUGGACCGUCAAGCAGCCCAUGUGUUUGACCGCGUUCACUGAGAUCCGCAGUAUUUCCUGUUUCUGUGAGAGUGAAGGCCGCGCUCUUCUCACCGUUCACACCGAGGCCGAGCAGUUGGGUCAGUACCUGGUGAAUAAGCAGGAGCUUCUCUCUCAGGCCACACUCACACUGUUCAGUUUGCAGAUCUGCAAAGCUCUGGAGUAUUUAGAGAGUCUCAGCCUGGUGCACAGUGAGCUGCAGUACCUUCAGCAGCCGCAGGAGGGCGCUGUCCCCAGAGGACGUUCUGCGUCUGUGUCUGAGCCUCCUCCAAAGGCUCCUGAAAGUCUAUCCGCCCACGGACUCUUUGCAAACAACAAACAGGUGUAA